CUCGGAACGGUGGAAGAAGCAAAGAUACUGCUGCCACACCUACCGGUGGUACCAGGUACCAGCAAAUGGAAACGGCAAAAAGCUUCGAUGAGAUACCGGUACCAGUACCGGUACCAGCCGAACCGGAAAGCAGGAAUUAGAGGAUGGAAAGAAGGUCUUAAUGGACGAACAUCUCCCUCACAUCUUCCAAAUCGUCAGUGCCAGAGAGGUAUCUUUGGAAUUUGUUGUUGCACUUUGUUGUUUCCUUGAUACUAGUACCUUCAAACUAAUUUCACUGUUCAUUUUUGAAGUGCUUGUUAGCAUCGUUUGUUGUCCCACCAAGCAAGAAGCAACCACACAGCCACCAUGGGAAACAAGAGCUCGAAACCAGCAGAUCCCGCCAAGGAGACCGCAGAACCACCGACCAAAAAGGAAGAACAAGAUGCGCCACCGGUCGUCAUGCCGCGCCGUGCCCAUACAUUGCGCAACAAUCCCGCUCGAUUGGCAUCCGUCCGAGAAACAUUUGAUCGUUUGGAUUUGGAUGGUUCGGGAUCAUUGGAUUUUGAAGAAGUCUCCAAGGGUCUGGCGACCCUCCAUUAUCCUGCCAAUUAUGCCUUUGAUGUCUUUAUCGAGUGUGACGAAAACAACGACAAACAAAUCUCCUUUGAGGAAUUCAAAAAGUGGGUGACGGCCAAAGAUGAGGAUAUGGAAGAGCUUUUCAACAGUAUCGACAUGGACAACAGUGGACGAAUUGACUUGAAAGAACUGGAACUAUUCUUGCAGCAUCUGGAUAUGCCCGCCAAGAAUGCCAAAGAUCUGAUGAAGAAAUUGGACAAGGAUGGGGAUGAAUUGAUCACCUUUGAAGAUUUUAUUGACGGAUUUGCCUUGCUCGACCCCGUCCACUUUAGUUCCUUGAAAGAUACCUGGAUGGAAUACGAAUCCGAUUCUGAUUUGGCCGGAGUUUCUGCCAUUAACGUGAGUCAAACCGCCAAGCGUGAUGAAGCCAAGAGCAGUGUCCCGGCUUGGACAUCUGCCGCAGCCGGUGGAUUGGGCAAUGCCUUUAGCCGUACCGUCAUUGCUCCGUUGGAACGAACCCGCGUCCAGAUGAUUACCGAUGCGGGCAAAUAUCCCAGCAUGAUGGCCUGCAUGACGGAUAUCGUCAAAACAGAAGGAAUCAUUGGAUUUUGGGCAGGAAAUGCCUUGAAUGUCGGACGGAUUGGUCCUCAAAUGGCAAUUGCAUUCUAUGCCAAGGAUUACUUUAAAAAUCUCUAUGCUGGAGAAGGCAACAAACCCACUGCGCUGCAAACGUUGGCGGCGUCCAUGUCGAGUGGUAUUGUCUGUCAGACGGGUGUCUAUCCCAUUGAUCUGGUGCGAACCCGACUCAUGACAUCUCCUGGAACGUACAAUGGCAUGAUGGAUUGCCUCACGACAACCAUCAAAGACGAAGGCAUCACGGCACUUUACAAAGGCUUGCUUCCGGCCAACUUUUUUGCCGUGCCCUACUACGGCACUCAGUUCUUUGUCUAUGAUACCCUUAAGGUACAAUACGCAACAUACGGGCGACCCCCAGACAAUCCACGACAAGCCAGUCCAUUGAUUGGUAUCCCCUUGGGAGCGAUUUCCAGUAUGACGGCGUGUUUUGUGGCCUUUCCCUUCCAAAUGGCCUGGAAACGAUUGCAGGUGCAAGGUGUGGGUGGUAGGCCCGUGAUUUAUGCUGGAACCUUUGACUGUAUCAAACAGGUCAUUACCAAAGAAGGAGUGAGAGGUGUGUACGCGGGUCUCAUCCCCAACCUGGUCAAACUGGCUCCCACGGGCGCCAUCUCCUUUGUUGCCGUCGAGUACAUUAAAGAUUUCAUGGGAUGGCGUCCGCAAAAAUAACUAAAUACUCUGGUGAAACACAACAAUCCACAAUGCCCACCUAUCAAGGCAUAAGUCAUCCCUCCGUAACAUAGUUGUUUUUGAGUUUUGUUUUUGUC